CGGUAGUAGGCCAGUUGUCCUGUCACACGGCUGACUUUAUUCGGCGUGUAUACAAAGAAAAAUCCCGCUCGAGUAAUCCGGAAGUUGGGUGUCCGCAAAGCAAGUCAGACCUGAGACUGGUCAAGUCUUUUUUAAAGAUCGACGAAAGUUGGAACAUUGCCAAGAAGUACUUUGUUAAUUUUUAUACACCUGCAUGUAUAUCACGUUCUAAGAGUAACAUGACAAGUUGUCUUUUGCACAGCCCACGUACUUGCGCAAUUUUUCAUCACACAUUAUGAACUGAAGGUUGGAUGCACACCAAUAACUAUGAUGUUGUCACGACAACUAGCGUCGGCUUUAGUGAAGACCUACUGUGAAGUGUUUAAAAGAUGUCCGUCCAUCUGUCCAUCCAUCUAUCCGUCACUACAGCUUCAUUGUUGUCGGUUGUGUAUUUCCAACACCUCGCACAUCAGUAGAAGACUGAGUUGUAGUACAAACCAGAUAAAUGGUUUGUUGGAAGUGUCCGAUGAAAUUAGCUCAGCACUGCAUGAUGGGAAACCUGUUGUGGCCUUAGAAAGUACUAUCAUCACGCACGGAAUGCCCUAUCCAGAAAACGUGAACACAGCACUAGAGGUUGAGACGAUCGUGCGAGAAAAUGGUGCAGUACCAGCAACCAUUGCUGUGCUUGAUGGCAAGAUACAUGUAGGUGUAACUGCCGAUCAGUUGGAGUGGUUGGGAAGUCGGUCUUCUGGCUUGUACAAAAUCUCAAGACGAGACUUUCCUGUUGUUCUGUCAAAGGCUGGCAGUGGUGGUACAACGGUCUCUGGCACUAUGGUUGUUGCCCACAAGAUGGACAUUCCCAUUUUUGUAACAGGGGGCAUAGGCGGAGUUCAUCGAGGGGUGGAUGCAACUAUGGAUAUUAGUGCAGACCUAACAGAACUUGGAAGAACUCCCGUUGCCGUGGUUUCUGCUGGGAUCAAAUCUAUUCUGGACAUUGGGAAAACUCUAGAAUAUCUGGAGACCCAGGGUGUGUGUGUUUCCACUCUUGGCCCCACUGGUGACUUCCCUGCAUUUUUCUCACCAGUCAGCGGUUUCAAAUCACCACAUCAGCUUGAGUCUGUCAAGGAUGCUGCCAAAAUGAUUGACUCUUGGGCUCGAAUGUGUCUUCAGAGCGGAAUACUGAUAGCAGUUCCUAUCCCAGAAGCCUUUGCAGCAACUGGUGAAGGAAUAGAAGCGGCUAUUAUUUCAGCUACUGAGGAAGCAAGAGCUAAGAAUGUUACUGGUCGAGACGUGACUCCAUUCAUUCUGAGCAAAGUCAACGAGCAGACGAAGGGUGCAUCCUUACAUGCCAACAUUGCUCUUGUGAAGAACAAUGCUGCAGUGGGUAGUCAAAUAGCUGUGGAGCUCAACAGAAUAAAGGGAGGUAAUUCUGGUGGAGCAUUGUUUAACACGCAACGAAGAUGUUACAGUGCAUCGUCUCGUCCGGUUGUGAUAGGCGGAACAAUUGUUGACUUCUAUGCACAGUUUAAUGCAGACAAAGUUGAGAUGAAUGGUGCAACAUAUCCGGGCAGUGUGCGACAGUCAUUUGGCGGCGUCGGGAGGAAUAUAGCCGAUGGACUGAGUCGACUGAACGCUAACCCGCUUUUCAUCUCGGCUGUAGGUUGUGAUUCACAUCUCGAGUCAUUCCAGGAUUACUGCAGUCAUAUGGAUCUUUCAGGAGUUACUGUUCUUGACGGCCACUCCACAGCAACCUACUGUUGUGUCCUUCAAAGGUCAGGAGAGGUCAUGUACGGUAUCGGAGACAUGAUGAUUCAUCAAGAAAUUACACCUCAGCUGGUUUCUCAAUUCUCGGAGGCUAUUGUAUCAGCACCUCUAGUCUGCAUGGAUGGGAAUAUCUCCUUGGCAACCAUUGAAUACAUCUGUGAACUCUGCUUUAAACAUGAUGUGCCAGUGUGGUUUGAGCCGACCGACGUGUACAAAGCCACGAAGCCGUUUGAGACACGCACCGCAUACACACAGCUGACCUACACGUCGCCGAACAUCCGUGAAUUACAUCAGAUGUGGCUGAAACACAGAGGCUUCACUGACUCCCAACUGCCCGACCUGAGUUCCAGGGACAGGUUGAUAGAGUUCUGUCAUGACUGUGUCCUGGAUUUAUUACCCACAAUUCCAGUCAUAGUUGUCACUCUGGGAAGACAUGGUGUGCUGCUGUGUGAAUGCCUGUCAUCGUCUAAAACCAGGUCUGACAGAAACAACGUAGCGAUCAAGCAUUAUCCAGCAUGUGAACUAUCCCACAAUUCCAUAGUCAGUGUAUCUGGAGCAGGUGACUGCCUGGCAGCAGCCAUGAUUUAUAAUAUUAUUCAAGGACAUGACCUUGACCUUUGUGUCAGAGCUGGUCUCCUGGCAGCGCAGCAUUCUUUGCAGUCCCAUCAUGCAGUUCCAGCCUCGAUUAUUCAGUCCAGGGAAAUGAGUGAAAAGUACACUUUCCCAAGUGGAAAAAAGAAUAAAUUGUAACCAGUAUUAUACAUUUAUGUUUUUUACAACGAUAACCACUGAAUGGUUUUUACUAUGGCAAUUUUCACAUUAUAUUGUCAGCAUUAGUUUAAAUAUUUUAUACAGGGUAUAUUUUAAAUAUCUUUUUAGACUUUUUCUUUUAUAAAUUUAUGCAAAGUUAUAUUUAAUGAAUCAUUAGCUGAACAUCAGUACAAAUUGCCGGGUACAACAGAUCCAUAGGGACAAUAUCUGGAGGGUGGGUCGGGGGUACAAUCCAGGCCUUCAGAUUUCAUAGUAACGAUCGUUUCUGGUAGCGUGUUGGUAAAGUGUCAGUAAAAUCACGAAACCGAAAUUUCAUUUCCUAUGAUUAUUAUAUACAGUACGACUAUUCAAUGAAAAUUAUAUAUAUAUAUAUAUAUAUAUACUUGUAUAGUAUCAGUAAAAUCACGAAACCGAAAUUUCAUUUCCCAUGAUUAUUAUAUACAGUACGACUAUUCAAUGAAAAUGAUAUAUAUAUAUAUAUAUAUAUAUUUUUUUUUUUUUUUUUUUUUUUUUUUUUUUUUUUCCUGAUAUCACACAACUGGGGCUUGUGUUUGACUUAAUCACAAGACCCGAUUCGGAUUGUUGUGUUAACCAAACUUCUCAGAGUUCCCACAUGUUCUCAAAUCAAACACGGUACACAUUUAAACCAAAAUUACUGGCACUAUUUGUAGUGUAUUGGUGAGAUAGUAUUUGCAUUCAAAUGUAAUUUUGUAGAAUAAUUUAACUUUCUGACUACUGUCACUCAACAAACAUCAACGUCACACAUCCUUGAGUACUGAAGGUGGCAAUCGAAUAGGCCCCACUAUUUCCUGUGGUUUCAAGUUGUCAAAAUCACAACCAUGCGUAUAAUGAGAGGGCGUGUCGAACAUCAACUUUAUAUUGAGUUUGAAAACAUGUCUCUAUGCACAGAUUUUUGCGAUAAUUUAAAUCAGUGGUAUUAACAAUGGGUUGCCAUGACAGUUUCUGAUGGGUUGCCAUGAUUACAAGGUGGGGCAGGACGUGGCUCAGUGGUAUAGUGCUCGCCUGAUGCCCCCUCACGCAACCCUCUGGUUCUACAGGCGUAUACAAGCAGGGUAAUUAUUUUGGAAAUUUGUUAAGACAAAUUUAAUUUGUAUGGUUCCAAACUAAAGACUCAUUAAAUAGGCAAAAAUAUAAAUAAAUAAAAUAUAUAUAUAUAUAGAGGAUAAUAAACAAGUUAGCAGCUAUUAUCAAAUUUAUAUCCCGAGU